AUGGUUAACCAGUUGGAACAGACUAGUAGACUGUUAGUAUGCUGGUUUGUCAUAAUUAGGAAAAAAAAGAGAAAAUGUGUUGCUGUUGUUGUUUUUGCUGCUGAGACACCGCACCGGUACCGGGAUCUACAAAUAGUCGACGAAAAGGUAUUUUCCGAUAUGAAAGUCGAGGUGGGAGAUCGAAUUUUGAGUGAAGGACAAUAUGGAACAGUUAGAUUUGUUGGCCUCAUUCCAUCAACGGAAGGUAUUUGGCUAGGUGUUGAAUGGGAUAACCCUGAGAGAGGAAAACAUGACGGCAGUCAUAAUGGCACUCAAUAUUUCCAGUGCAGCUCACCAACCAGUGGUUCGUUCUUACGCCCAAAGAAAGCCGACUUUGGCAUUCAAUUCCUGGAUGCCGUUUCCUCCCGUUACAUUCCAGAGAACAUCGAAACGGCAGAUUUUGAAGACUCCUUGGCUGUCAGCUGUAAAGCUGUGGAGAUGGUGGGUGCUGAAAAGAUAGCCAGAACACAGAGUUCCUUUGAAAACCUGAAGUCUGUUGCCUUACAUGAGAUGAGAAUCAGCAGAGCUGGAGAUGAGAAGGUUGCUGAAAGAUUACCAAACAUAAAAGAAUUAGAUGUAUCAAAAAACCUUCUACCUUCUUGGGAGGAGCUGUCUAAAAUCACUGCAAGCAUGCAAAAACUAAAAAUAUUAAAUGUUAGUGAAAACAGAUUUGUUCUACCUACCAGUCCAUCUAAUCUUUGUUCUGCCUUUUAUGCAUUAGAAGAACUUUUUCUCAACAGAUGUAAUAUCACAUGGAAAGAGUUGCUGAUGUCUUCAACUAUGUGGCCAAAACUGAAGAAACUUCAUGCAUGCUACAACAGAAUAGCAAAUCUUGACAAACCAUCAGAAGGCACGUUUGAUCACCUUGAGUUAUUGAAUGUGGAGGGGAAUCAGAUUGAGACAUGGGAAGGAGUCUUACAGCUCGGCCAUUUACCAAGGUUGGAAGGCCUGAUACUGAACAACAACAACAUUCCAAAUAUAAUCUUUGAGGAUGCCUCAUUAGAUGAGAAAACAGAGUACUUUAGGAGUCUGAAGUCACUUUCUCUUCACAAUAAUAAAAUAAGUGAGUGGAAUAGUGUGAAUGAAUUGAGGAAACUGCAGUGCUUGGAUGAAUUGAAUAUGAAAAGAAAUCCCCUGGUGCAGAACGAGAAAGCAUCCACUGUUAGAGGUCUCAUGAUUGCCAAGCUGCCUUCACUGUUUCACUGCAACCACAGUGCUGUAUCAGAGGCUGAGAGGAAAGGUUCAGAAAUUGACUACAUGAAGAAAUACCAUGAAGAUUGGUUGAAGAGUGGAGGAGGAAAGGACCAACCUGGCUCAAACCUUCAAGCAGAUUUCAUCAGAAAUCAUCCCACAUAUACAUCUAUCAUCAAGAAGUAUGGAGCCCCAGAUGUGAGUGAUGACUCACAAGCAAAGCCUGGUGCAUUGAAAUCUUCUCUGCUAGAACUCAUUUUAAGCUGCCCUCAACACGCAACCAAGAAAUCUAUCAAGAAAAAACUACCAGUUACCAUGGAUAUCAGAAAAGUCAAGGGAAUGAUUCAGAAACUCUUCAAAGUAGAUGUUGCUGACCAGAAGCUUUCUUAUCUCAGUCCAAAGUUACCUGAUCAGGAGAUUCCUCUAGAUAAUGACCUGAGACAACUGGGAUUCUUUGGUGUUGAAUCUGGAAACACAAUAAUGAUCAGAUGGUGAAAUCAGAUGGAUACUGGAAGGAGAUGGUCCCUGUACGAGCUGACUGGGUAUACAGUCAUUCUGAAUGCAGUGUGAUUUCUGUUCAUAUUUGUAGUGCCAUCUUGGACAUACUAGUAAAUUCAACCUAGUAUCAGAG